CCCUUUUUUAUUGUUAAGUAAUUUCCUUUUUUAAUAAUUAAGUAAACCGAAGAAGCUGAAACCAAUAUAAACCUAGAACAAAUACUACUACGUACGUUAUAACUAAACCAAAAAAAUAUAGCUUGAGUGAACCGGUCAUGGUUUCAGGUGAUUAUGAGUAAUUAGCUCCAAAAAAGGAAAGUUUAGGUAAUUAACGUUCUAAUUACAGAUUAGCAAAUGAUUAACAAAAAAGGAAAGGAACGAGAGUUCUUUGAAGCCUUGCCUAUAUAUACUGAUAUACUGUUCAUUACCAAAACGCAUAACAAAAAAAAUUCAUUGUCUCUCGUUCUUCUCUGUGUGUUUGUGAAAUCGAACAAUGGGAGGCUUGAAGAGGAAGAUACCGACUGAUAAGAAAAUAGAGAGGAAAGAAUCUAAAUCGGUUGCUUUCUCCAAGCGCCGUAAAGGUCUUUUCAGCAAAACCGCCCAGCUUUGUGUUCUCUCCGGUGCUCAAGUUGCUAUCUUAGCGACUCCACCUUGCUCCAAAUCCAACGUGUCAUUCUACUCUUUUGGUCACUCCUCGGUUGAUAACGUCGUCUCUGCUUUCCUCAAGGACCAGUAUCCUCGGGAAGAUCAUCUAGGGUCAGAGUUUUGGUGGGAAGACAAGCGUCUUGCCGAGUCAGAGGAUCCCAAGGAGUUGAGUGAGGCGGUGGACUCUAUUUCGAGGAUGAUGCAGAAUCUCAAAGGGUUACGUUCGAAGGCCUUGGCAAAUCGUGAGGAUGCAAAGAAGAAGAAGAAGGAAGUUGUUUUUGAUCAAAGCCAAACCCUAAAUUUUCAGUCCGCUGGUGCAAGUAGUAGCUACAUUCAUGAGGAUCAACCUGAGAAUCUCCAAGGGCUUGUCAAGAUCUUUAAAGAAGAGGAUCAGAAAGUAGCAGUUUCUGACAAGAACAACAACAACAACAAGGAUGUUAUACAAGGAACUCAUCAGGAGCUUGAUGGAGACCAAGCCCUAGGUUUCGAGUCUUAUUUGGCAAGUCUUUGCAUUCAAGACGUUUCACCAGAGAAUGUGGAGGGGUUUGUCAACAACAGUGAGAUCGCAACGAGUUCUGACAGCAACAACAACAACAACGGUUUACUUGAAAACUUGGAUGGGUUUGAUCAAGUGAUUAAUCUUGAUGAUGACUUCUUUGACUUUGAGAUGAACUCUGAAGGUUUUAUAACUACAAAUUUGGAGAUGAAUGUUGCCUCAACGAAUGGAUAUUCAUGCGCUGGUUCUGGCUCUGAAGAUGGAGCAUAUUAGUUGAAUGAGAGAAACGACAUUCUAGAGAGAAAGUUUG